CGGGAUCUGAUGAUUCCGGGCGGAGCCAAGGUGAUUGACGCGUCCGGUAAGCUGGUGAUUCCGGGCGGCAUCGACUCCAGCGUUCACCUGCAGCAGACCUUCAUGAACGCCAGCACACAGGACGACUUCUACAGCGGCACCAAGGUCACACACACACACACACACACACACACAACAGCUGUGAUGGAGUCAUGCAGAUCACACACACACACACACACAGCUGCUGUCUGUAACAUUCCUUCAGCUGUAUGCAGUUUAUUAUUAUCAGUCAAAGAGGUCUGUGAUCUCCUGAAUACACUCAUACACUGAAAACAGGCUGAAAACUUUUGCACUCAGUAAGUGCUGGUAAACUUUUACAAAUAAUUACAAAGAAGUGGCAAUUAACACGUUACUUUAAACAUGAGUUUUGAAGUAGAUUUUAUUUUCUUGUAAAACAUACUUGAGAUAAUCAUUUUACAGUGUAAAUCUUUAGAUGUUUCAUUUAUGUUUAAAAUAUUUAGGCAGAUUUAAAACAAAAUGUGGGUUAUUUUAGUAGUAUUUAUAUACUAUUAUUGUGACAUCUAUUAAUAUUUGAAUUGUGUAUUUUAUAUUUUAUUUAAUUUUGUUAGACGUUUUUAUCAUAUCUUUUAGUUUGUUAGUUGUUUUUUAUUAUUUCUAUUUGAUUUAUUUAAACUUUGAUUUAUUUUUAUUCCAGUUUUAUUUUUAGUCAUUUUAGUAUUUUAGUUUUACCUUUUUUUUUAAAUGACCAUGGCAACAUUUAAAAGGUUUAUUUAAGGUGUUUAAAUAUACACCUCUCGUCUAAUGUCUCUAUUUUUUUCCACACUUGUGUUUGUUCUGUCUCACUCUGACUGUCCAGUUUCCAUAGUAACCGUGUUACCGUAGUAACGGCCGGCAUCACCGUGUUUGCUAGGAAAGAUCAGCGCCGACACACCGGAAACAGACCUGAGCACUUCCUGAACUUUCUGCAUUGCAAGAAACAGUCAGAAUUAUGAGAUAAAAAGUCAUAGUUACCUUUUUAUUUCUCUGUUUCGUAGCGGAAACCCAGGCGGCGCUGUUGGGCGGCACGACCAUGGUGAUCGCUCACGUUCUGCCCGAGAGAGACGCGUCGCUGCUGGAGGAGUUUGAGAAGAUCCGCGCUCACGCCGAUGCCAAGGCCUGCUGUGAUUACGCGCUGCACGUGGGCGUCACCUGGUGGGGACCGAAGGUGCGCAGGGAGAUGGAGGUGUUGGUGGGAGAGAAGGGCGUCAACUCCUUCCAGAUGUUCAUGGCGUAUAAAGACGUGCUGAUGCUGAAGGACUCUGAGCUCUAUCAGGCCAUGCACACCUGUAAGGACAUCGGAGCGGUCGCACGCGUCCACGCCGAGAACGGAGAGCUGGUGCUCGAGGGGGCAAAAGAGGCAUUGGAUCUGGGCAUCAGUGGUCCGGAGGGGAUGGAGAUCAGCCGACCAGAGGAGCUGGAGGCAGAGGCCACACACCGAGCCAUAACCAUCGCAAACAGGGCUCACUGUCCGCUGUAUUUGGUGAACGUGUCGAGCGUGUGUGCGGCUGACGUCAUCGCUGCUGCUCGGAUGCAGGGUAAGGUGGUUCACGCUGAGACCACGCUGGCUCACUCUGUGCUGAGCGGCAUGCACUACUAUCAUCAGGACUGGGCUCACGCCGCCGCUCACGUCGUAGCUCCGCCCCUCCGCCUCGACCCCAACACCCCCGAGUACAUCAUGGGCCUGCUGGGCAAUGACAUCAUCAACGUGGUGGCGUCGGAUCACCGCGCGUUCAACACCAAGCAGAAGGCCAUGGGCAAGGAAGACUUCACCAAGAUCCCUCACGGGGCGGCCGGCGUGGAGGACCGCAUGAGCGUCAUCUGGGAGAGAGGAGUGGUCGCUGGUAAGAUGGAUGAGAAUCGUUUUGUGGCCGUGACGAGCUCGAACGCGGCUAAAAUCUAUAAUCUGUACCCGCGGAAGGGCCGCAUUGUCCCGGGAGCGGACGCUGAUGUGGUGGUGUGGGACCCCGACGCCACGCGGACGAUUUCUGCGAGCGCUCAGGUUCAGGGUGGAGACUUUAACCUGUACGAGAGCCAGCGCUGUCACGGGGUCCCGCUGGUGACCAUCAGCCACGGGCGUCUGGUGUGUGAGAACGGCGUGUUCACGUGCGCUCAGGGCUCCGGGAAGUUCCACCCCAUGCGAUCCUUCCCGGAUUUCCUCUACAAGAAGAUGGUUCAGAGAGAGAAGACUCAGAGGCUGCGCGGUGUGGAUCGAGCGCCGUAUUCGGGCGACGUCGCCGCCGUAACCAACUCUGUCAGGAAGGAAUCCGCCACUCCGGAGGGAGACGUUCCCAUGCGGGCGACCGCGCGACACGCGGGCAUACGGGACCUGCACGAGUCCAGCUUCAGCCUGUCAGGGGCUCAAGUGGACGAUCACAUUCCCAAGAGAUCCUCGGCCAGGAUUCUGGCUCCACCUGGUGGCCGUUCCAGUGGCAUCUGGUAACCGCGGAAACCGCAGAACCGUCUCCACGGCGACCCCUUCCCUUCAUGUCCUCGUACACGUGUGAUUGAAACUACUCAGUGCCGCUGCAAACGAAGAACUGGAUCGAAUCGCUUCAGUGUCGCUUCCAAAGUGCCAAUUUCAACUAAACUGAAACUGUGCCACACGAUACCGCACACACGUGAUUAGAUGAAAACACCUGAAAAUGUCUGUUCUGUCAUCGUCUACUCACAAACCUCUGUGCGUUUCUUUCUUUGGUGAAACACAAGAACGUUGGGAACCAAAACGAUUUGGGCCCCACUGACCCAACCCUAACAGAUAUGUGUUCAAGGAAAAUUUAGCUGACAUUCCUGUCAAUUAUGAAAACAUAACGAAAUGUUCUCUAAACACUUCAUUUUUAAAAAAAUAUUUUUAUUUUUUUUUUUUUUUUUUUUGAUAAUGUAAAUGUUCAAGAAAACGUUAGGGUUACAUUUCAUUGUAUCAUUUUUCAAACAUUAUGUAACAUCACUGUUAAAUGUUUUCUGAAGCAAUUAGUAACAAUUUAAAAAUGUUUCAGAAAAACAUUCCACAAUGUAUCAGUAAUGGGUUUUUUUGCUGACAUUUUGUGAGCGUUAUCAUUUAUCAGACAAGUGAACAAACGUUCUGUCAGCGUUAGUGGAAUAACAUUUGUUCGUAACUUUGAGCGAACGCUCUCAGAACGUUCCUGUUAGCUGCGAUAUUAUUGAAAUCAGUGGCUGCUGGCAGCUGUUUGGUUCCCAACGUUCUUUAGAAUGUGUUCAGCAGAAGAAAUACAUUCAUUCAGCUUUGAAACGACAUGAGGACAUGAGGACACGAGUAAAUGAUGGUAGAAUAAUCAUUUUUAAUUCAGUGGCGUUCUGGCAGCUGGGUCGUUCUUCUCCACAUCACUGUUCAUAGCUCGUGAUAUUACCAAAAGACAAAUGAGAAGGAAAACAGUAUUAAACAAAUUCCAGUAUAAAUGUUUUUCUAGCACAUGUACAUACACAUUCACAGAAUAACUGUCA